AUGUACGUGAGCUAUCUUUUGGAUAAAGACAUGAGCAUGUACUCAGGAUCCGUCCGGCAUUCUGGCAUUAACCUGGGCGCCCAGAAUUUCGUCAGCCCACCGCAGUACCCGGAGUAUGCUGGUUAUCAUGUACCUGGGGUAAACUUGGACAACCACCCUCAAUCUUCAGGGCCCUGGCCUUCUCCUUAUGGCCCUUCCCGGGAGGACUGGGGUGCUUACGCGGCACCUACAAACACGGUCCACGCCAUUAACACUUCACCAGGGACUCUGUCUUACAACCCGACAGAUUAUAACUCGGUUCAGGGCCCGGGAUCUGCUGCGAUCCAGCCUCUAAACAAUAACCUUUUGGAACAGCAUUCUCCCAACAGCCAAAGACGCAACCCUUACCAAUGGAUGAGGAAACCAAACCAACAGCUAUCAGCUACGGAUAAAACGAGAACAAAGGACAAAUAUCGGGUGGUGUACACAGAUCACCAGAGACUGGAGCUAGAGAAAGAGUUUCAUUAUAGCCGGUACAUCACUAUCCGGCGCAAAGCGGAGCUGGCAGUUAAUCUGGGGCUUUCUGAGAGGCAGGUAAAGAUCUGGUUUCAGAAUAGAAGAGCAAAAGAGCGAAAGCUGACGAAGAAGAAGUUGCAACAACAGUCUCAGCAGGGGUCGGCCCAACUCAGCCCAGUUCCUCCCGGGACAGCCGCUCCUCUUUCGGUUACUAACGGCGGAGUACUGGCAGCCAGCGGAGGUGUCUUACCUGGCACCGUCUCUCAAUGA